CACUACUUGGUCGUAGCGUAACUGCAGCUCUGAAUUCUGCUUGCUGCUCGACACGUUUCAUCAUUGACUCGAUCAAUAUGUCGCCCGCAAUCACAGACCACCUCCUCUCCCUUCAUCGCGAUCAGUUCCUCCGCGCAACCCAACAUCCCUUCCUCAAACGUGCUGCUCAAGGAACGCUGUCCAAAAGCCUAGCAGCCAUAUGGUUGUCCAACGACAAGCAGUACAUACAAGGAUACAUAUCGACCAUCAGCGACCUACUCGACAACGUUCGCCGUCGACAGGCCAUACCCGAUGCACCAGGCGCUGAUCCGGAAAUCGAGACACGGCUGAUCCGGUGGCUCGAAGCCGGGGUCCAAAACGGGGAGAGGGAGGUCAAGCUCUUUCAACAGGUCGCCGAGGACUAUGGUCUCGACCUCGGUACACAUGGCUCUUCACUGCUCGAUAAACACAAACUGGAAGGCCUCCGUCGUUACGAGGCGCUCUUCUCCAGCGUUGCUGCUCGAAAGCAGGAGACUUUCAUACCGUGGUUGGAGAGCGCCAUUCUUCUCUGGGCGACCGAGAAAGUCUACUACGAAGCCUGGAGUUGGGCAAACAGCCAAGACACUCAAAUUGACCCUUCCUCGAGGACAUUUGACCGAGAUCAAGAUGGAGGUGCUAUGCGCAGAGAGUUCAUCCCCAACUGGUCGAACGGCGACUUCUUGGCAUUCACGGAGGAGCUGCAAAGUGCCGUCAACGACGGUGUCGCUCGUGCCGUCGGUGGAGAUGAUGCAAAGUGGGAGGAUGUAAAGAGGAGAACGGAGGCGAUCUGGAAGGCUGUUCUCGAUGCCGAGGAGACAUUCUGGCCGGAUGUGCCGGACGACGGGGAGUAGAAAGUGUGUACGGCUACGGAACGAUCGACAUUAUACUGUAUCUCGUACAGCAGCGUCUUGAACGAGAUUCGGGGCCAUAUCAAAAAAGGAUGACUGUAACCUCCCGAAGUGGCUGAGC